AGGCGGGGCGGAGGGAGAGGAGGGCUCGCAGGAGCUGAUAUGUCCGCCAUCUUGGAGCGUCGGUGAUGGUGGCAAGCGGUGGCUUUCCCGCCUGAGCGGAGGCAGCGUGGGGCCUGUGGCGGGGGGACGCGCUUGCCGAGACCAGCAUGUUUUGGAAAUUUGAUCUCCAUUCGUCAUCCCACAUAGAUACACUUCUAGAGAGAGAAGAUGUAACACUGAAAGAACUGAUGGAUGAAGAGGAUGUUCUGCAAGAGUGCAAGGCUCAGAAUCGCAAACUUAUAGAGUUUCUGCUGAAGUCAGAAUGUUUGGAAGACUUAGUUUCAUUUAUUAUCGAAGAGCCACCUCAAGACAUGGAUGAAAAAAUUCGAUAUAAAUAUCCAAACAUAUCGUGUGAGCUGCUUACGUCAGAUAUCUCGCAGAUCAAUGAUAGGCUGGGAGAAGAAGAAUCCUUACUUAUGAAACUGUACAGCUUCCUCUUAAAUGAAUCUCCUCUAAACCCUUUACUAGCCAGUUUCUUCAGCAAGGUGCUAAGUAUUCUUAUAAGCAGAAAACCAGAACAGAUUGUGGAUUUUUUAAAGAGGAAACAUGAUUUUGUAGACCUCAUUAUUAAGCACAUCGGGACCUCUGCUAUCAUGGACUUGUUGCUCAGGCUACUGACUUGCAUAGAACCACCACAGCCCCGGCAAGAAGUGUUAAGUUGGCUAAAUGAGGAGAGAAUUAUCCAGCGGCUUGUGGAAAUUGUACAUCCAUCUCAAGAUGAAGAUAGGCAUUCAAAUGCAUCCCAGUCACUCUGUGAAAUUAUUCGUCUAAGCAGAGACCAGAUGUUACAAGUACAGAACAGUACAGAACCAGAUCCACUGCUUGCAAGUCUAGAGAAACAAGAAAUCAUAGAGCAGCUGCUGUCUAAUAUUUUUCAUAAAGAAAAAAAUGAAUCUGCAAUAGUCAGUGCAAUCCAAAUACUAUUGACCUUACUUGAGACAAGACGACAGACAUUUGAAGGCCAUAUAGAAAUCUGUCCUCCAGGCAUGAGCAAUUCAACAUACUCAGUCAACAAAAGUGUUUUAGAAGCCAUAAAAGCACGACUUUCAUCCUUCCAUGAACUCCUACUUGAGCCUCCAAAAAAAAGUGUUAUGAAGACAACCUGGGGUGUAUUGGAUCCACCUGUGGGAAACACACGUUUAAAUGUGAUUAGAUUAAUAUCUAGCCUUUUACAGACAAAUACAAGCAGUGUGAAUCGGGAGCUUAUAGAGCUUAACAGCAUAGGAGUAAUACUGGACAUGUUCUUUAAGUAUACAUGGAAUAACUUUUUGCAUACCCAAGUAGAAAUCUGUAUUGCACUGAUUCUUGCAAGUCCUCUUGAAAGCACAGAAAAUGGCACAAUUACAGAUCAGGAUUCCACUGGGGACAAUCUCUUACUGAAACAUCUCUUCCUUAAGUGCCAAUUAAUAGAACGAAUACUUGAAGCAUGGGAGAUGAAUGAGAAGAAACAGGCUGAAGGAGGAAGACGGCAUGGCUAUAUGGGUCAUCUGACAAGGAUAGCAAACUGUAUUGUGCAUAGUACAGAUAAGGGGCCAAACAGUACACUAGUCCAACAGCUCAUUAAAGAGCUUCCAGAGGAGGUCAGGGAGCAAUGGGAGACAUUCUGCACAAGUUCUUUAGGAGAAACUAACAAGAGGAAUACAGUGGACCUGGUUACUACCUGCCACAUUCAUUCUUCCAGUGAUGAUGAAAUUGACUUUAAAGAAACUGGCUUCUCACAGGAUUCUUCUUUGCAGCAGGCCUUUUCUGAUUAUCAGAUGCAACAAAUGACGUCCAAUUUUAUUGACCAGUUUGGCUUCAACGAUGAGAAGUUUGCUGAUCAAGAUGACAUCGGCAAUGUUUCUUUUGAUCGGGUCUCAGACAUCAACUUUACCCUCAAUACGAAUGAAAGUGGCAAUAUAGCCUUGUUUGAGGCAUGCUGUAAGGAGCGGAUACAGCAGUUUGAUGAUGGUGGCUCUGACGAAGAAGACAUUUGGGAAGAAAAACAUAUUGCAUUUACACCAGAGUCCCAGAGGCGUUCCAGUUCGGGCAGUACGGACAGUGAAGAAAGUACAGAUUCUGAAGAGGAGGAUGGAACAAAACAAGACUUGUUUGAAUCACACGCCAAUACAGAGGACAAAAUGGAAGUAGACUUAAGUGAACCACCAAACUGGUCAGCUAACUUUGAUGUACCCAUGGAGACUGCACACGGUGCCAGUCUGGAUUCUGUUGGGUCUGAUGUGUGGAGUACAGAAGAACCUAUGCCAGCAAAAGAAACUGGCUGGGCUUCCUUUUCAGAGUUCACAUCCUCUUUGAGCUCAAAAGAUUCCUUAAGAAGUAAUUCUCCUGUGGAAAUGGAAACAAACACAGACACAAUUGAUCCCUUGAGUGCAAAUGUAACUGCUCUUGCAACACAGCUAGAGACCCCAGGGAGUGUUGCUAUGGAGGCCAGCUCAGAUGGAGAGGAUGAUGUAGAAAAUGCAGACAAGGUAACUGAAACAGUAAUGAACGGCAGCAUGAAGGAGACACUGAGCCUUACUGUAGAUGCUAAAACUGAAACGGCUGUUUUCAAAAGUGAGGAAGGAAAAUUGUCUACCUCGCAGGAUGCUUCUUGUAAAUAUGUAGUAGAAGAGAAUGCAGAGGUUGCAGAAGAGGCUCCUUCAGCUCUGCAGCCUACUGACAGCAGUCCAGAACAGAGGACUGAUCAACACACCCAUUUAGGAGAGGCAUCUGUUAAUGGCCCUGUAUGAUAUGUGAUGUCUACUACCUUGGCUGAAGAAAAUGAACUGAUAUCCAGGUGUUUGAGUGUUUCUUGAGGAUUUCAUCUAGACCCUGUUGAAGCCAGUCACUGCUGCACUAAUUUCACAAGGGAUCAGGACCAGCAACAUUUAUAUUCUAGAUUUUAAGACAUUGUACAGAAAUUCAUAAGUGUAAAAAUAUUGCACAUUGAGAAAUACCAAUAAUUUUUGCGUAUGUUUAUAUUGUAUUGUUCUAAAUAAUGGGUGGCCUGUGAAAUAAGAUCCUGCUACCCAUGUAAUGAUGACAGUAGUGUUACUAUAGUUAAAACGGCUGUAAGAAUAGUUUUAUAAAAAAGUGAAUACACAAAUCUAAUGUAUUUGAGACAUAACUAUUUGAUGAUUAGUGUGACCAAAGUAUUUAGCAGUUUUCAUACAUUUUUCACCUUGUUAAAAAAAAAAAAAAAGAUGAAUUCAUGUUUCUUCUGAAACUGAAAUGCCCUAUAAAUGUUAUUUUGGUUGUUUUAGCUUACAAAAGUGAUUUAAAUAAGAAUUUUUUGGUGUUCAACAUUUUACAACAGGUUUUUUAAUUGGUAAUUGUUUUCUGUAUUGUUUAAAACAGAUCAGAAAUGUAAGUCUAUUGGUAGAGAUUUUAAGUAUUUAUUGCUACAACUUAGUUGACAAAUUGAUGUUACUGUAAAGCCAUAUGUUCUGUUAAGUCUUGUUUGCUUGAAACAAUACCUUACAGGUGAAACACUAGAAUAUUUGAAGUGCACAUGGCUUGUUGUGUUUAAGUGAUUCACCUGCCUUUUAACCCAUUCACCAAGAUUUAGUUUAAUACCAAGCAUUAUACAAUGGAACAUUUCAGAACAAUCUGCGUAUUUAAAACGCUAUAAACCUUUUAGACAAGUCAAGUAAAUGAAAUGCCCGUGCUGCUAAUGUAAUUACAGUACAUGCAUUUUAAAAGUAUAUAGUGUUUUUAAUACCAAUUUUGGCAGCAGAGCAUGUUAAUUGUUACUUUCACUGUACUGAUCUGUGUGAGGCUUUCAUUUGUAUGUUCUAAACCAGUUUUUUCACAGCUGGUUUGUAUAUAUAUAGUGAUUAUGGAAACUAAUUCAGUGUAAUUUAUAAUUUUCUAUGUCAGUGUAAAAUUCCAACAGCCUUCUCAAACAAACAGAAGCAAUAGACUGUAUAUUGCCACAUUGUCUGGUGAAAGGGUUAAAGUACUUCACCUCCUGCACUUUUAGAUGCAAAUCCAUUUUUGUUUCUGUAAUAGUUGUAUUCAUUUAUUUUUUACACAAUUUGUUUUCCUGACCAGUAUUUAAAGCCAAAAGGAUACUCUAAACAAUGGCCAAUGAUUUAUUUUAGAAGGCGUCCCAAGCAACGUGCCUAAACAUUACAUUGCAUACAGAAAUAAAAAAAACAACACAUGUAUAAUGGCAUUGCCCUUAUUGCUUUCUCUUGCAUUUUCUGCAGCAAAUUUUAGUGGCAUUCAUCAUUGCGAAUUAUUAUAAACUGAUCAGUUGUGUGAAAAUGGAGGGGAAAAAACACAGUAUCAUAGGUGGAAUUGGUAACUAUGGUUGUCCUUUUAUUUGUACUUUAUAAAUGAUUGAAU